AUGAACAGCAAUAAUUCUUCUAAAAAUCAACUAAUUAGUUCUCGAACUAUAAACCAGAAUAUUUCGAAGCCGGAAAACUCAAUAAAUCUAUUUAAUAAUGAUAAUGGUAGUAUUAAAAUGGAUGAAAUUUGUUUUAAUAAACUUAAUUCACUUAUUGUUUAUCAAAAUAUUACGCAUGUAUUAGAAGAUAUUGAAAAAACCUUAUCGGAAUGGUCAUCAGAAUCAUCAAACACACUUCCUGGUACAGGCAAUAAAAUAACUCCCUCAAAUCAUCAGCUCAAAGCACAAACUGUUCUUGAAUUGUCAACUAACAUCACAACAAAUCUAACAGAUUUUUGUUUAUUACACAACUUAACGAAUUCCAUUAACAAAAUGUUCCUUAAUUUGAAUUCUAACAUGAGUAAACAUCUAGCUGAAGUUUUACUUUCACUAUCAGAUGACUUACCUUCACAGGUGAAUUCCACAGAGUCCCAAGGAAGUGUUGCGGUAUCAGAUACUGCAGGAUUUCUGGUUAUCGAAAAACAAGAUGUCGAAGAUGAAAAACAAAAUUUAUAA